AUGGCCGACUACCACGGCGACCAGCGAGGUCAUUCAUCAAACUACCAGCGCGAUGCCGCUUUCUCCAACAUUUUCGGCGCCGCUCCCCCGCCGGGACGCUCCCAGACUAUGACCUCCUCCUCAGUCCCUCCCCAGAUGAUGUCGCAUCAAGGCAGGACGCAGACAAUGUCUUCAUCCACCAUGUCGAGCAUGCAGCGACAACCCCCGCCGAGACCGCCUCCGGGCUCCUACAUGGAUCGUGAUCCGGCCUCUCCGAGGGGCGCCCCAAUGCAGCCAAAUGGUUAUCCGGCGCCGCGGUCCGCGUCUGGCGGUUAUCAAGUCCCUAACCCCCAGGGACAGUACAUGCAGCAGCAGCAACAGCCUCGUCGACCGUAUCCUGGCCCUCCAGGCCCCGUUCCCCAGCGCGGCGAAAUGAGGGCACCACCGCCGCCGCAGCAAGGGCAAUACAACCUGCCAAGAACUUCUUCGGCCCAAAGGUUUUAUCAAGGAGGAGGGCCAGGACCGGCGAUGAAUAGCGACCCGUACCGCUCACAGUCUCUUGCUUCUGUCCCGAGACCGAACAUGUACCAGCCUCCUCCUGGUAGCUACGGCUCACACCCGAACCACCAAGCCCCGGCCAACGCUUUUCGUCAUGCCCCGUACAACCCGAGUUCGGCCCGAACCACAGCCCAAGGACGGGUUGUUCCUGAACGCCACGACGAUCGAGCCAUGUCGAUGACUGGAUACCACCCUCAGGACCGGGAUAUGCAUCAACAUCAGAACUCACACCAAACCAUGAGCGGAAGAGUGAUUCCGAAUAGAAGGGCACCGGCGGAGCUGCCGAACACCAAUGGCAGCUUUGGGGGAGGUUACACACCGGCGCCGGGAUCUCAGACAAGGACGACAAGCAUGGCCUCCUCGAAUGGAGAUUCGGGCGCCCAGAGAACCAUGUCAAUGGCGUCCACUGUGGCACCGACGAUAACACCGUCGGAGUCCGACUCAGCAACUCUGGCACAUAGGCCUUCCAUGAGCAAGUCUAUCGACGGCGAACGGCCACCGACGGCCAAGAUCCGACCUCCUCUCGUAUAUCCUGCGCUGCUCUCCAGAGUAGCAGACUGCUUCCGACAGAAGAUCAUCACUGGUGACAGGACGAAGAACGAGCUGACGUACAAGAACGCUUUUAGCGGUGCCGAAGCGGUGGACGUGUUGUCGUAUAUCAUCAGAACGACUGACAGGAAUCUCGCAUUGUUGUUGGGACGAGCGCUUGAUGCCCAGAAGUUCUUCCACGACGUUACUUACGAACACCGCCUGCGAGACUCGACUUCUGAAAUGUACCAGUUCCGAGAAACACUCAUGGAUGAGCCCGAAGAGAAGACCCCAGUCAAUGGUGUUUUUGUGCUCCUUUCUGAAUGUUAUUCUCCCACCUGCACGAGAGAUCAACUUUGUUACUCCAUUGCUUGUCCCCGCAGACUGGAGCAAGUGUCUCGGCUGAACUUGAAGAUCCAGCCCGGCUUGAAGAAGGAGGCCGAGGCCGCUGCGAAUGAGGACGAUGUCGACCAAACCGACGAACAGAAACUCUGGAUCAACUCCGUACCGAAAGAGGUGGCUGAGAGCGUUGGUGAUAGGGAAAAGAAGAGACAAGAAGUCAUUUCGGAGAUCUGCUAUACCGAAAGAGACUUUGUCAAGGAUUUGGAGUAUCUACGUGACUUUUGGAUUCUUCCUUUGCGGUCCAAGGCCUCCCCUAUCCCUGCCAACAAGAGGGACAAGGUUGUCAAAGCAAUUUUCAGCAACAUUGUUGACCAUCCAAGUCUUCAUUCGGUAAGCUCGCGGUUCGCAAAAUCGUUGACAGAGCGACAACAGAAGAACCCGGUUGUCGGCAAUAUUGGUGACAUCUUCCUUGAGUGGGUUCCUCAGUUUGAGCCGUUCAUCUGGUAUGGUUCCAAGCAGUUGGAGGCCAAGUUUGAGUUUGAGAAUGAGCGGUCGUCAAACCCGUACUUUGCCAAGUUCGUGGAUGAGAUUGAGAGGAGGAAAGAGUCACGAAAGUUGGAACUGAACGGUUAUCUCACCAAGCCGACGACGCGUUUGGCUCGUUACCCGUUGUUGCUGGAGAACGUGCUCAAGUAUACCGAGGAUGGCAACUCUGACAAGGAGGAUAUUCCGAAGGUACUCAAGUUGAUUCGCGACCUUCUGAGCAGAGUCAACGCCGAAUCAGGAAAGGCCGAGAACAGGUUCAACUUGAGAAGGUUACACGAGCAACUCCGCUUCCGGCCUAACGAGAGGGUAGACCUGAGAUUGACAGAGGAAGGUCGUGAAUUGGUGUUCAAGAGUCAGUUGAAGAAGACACCACAAGACGCGUCUGAGAUUACGGCUUUCUUGUUCGACCAUGCAGUUUUGUUGGUGAGAAUCAAGCAAGCCGGCAAGGGGGAGGAAAUCAAGGCGUACAGAAGGCCCAUUCCUUUGGAGCUUCUGGCUAUUCGGGAGAUGGAGGAGGUUAUCCCGUCGGCUGGUGGUAUGAAGCGGUCGUCUUCCAGCUUGCUGCCGGCAUUGCGUGCCAACACGAACGACAGCAAGAAGGGCGAAGGCUGGCCGAUUACAUUCAGGCAUUUGGGCAAGGCCGGAUAUGAACUCACGCUGUAUGCUUCGAACCAAGCCGCACGUAAGAAGUGGCUCGAGUUCAUUGACAAUGCUCAACAACGGUUGAGGGCCCGCGCCGACUUCUUCAACACGAGCGUCAUCUCAGCAAACUUCUUCGUUGGCACCAACCAAGUUAACUGCGUUACCCCGUACGACGGUGGCCGGAAGCUGCUGUAUGGCACCGACAACGGCAUCUACCUUUCGGACCGUAAGAGCAAGGAAGCGAUACCGAAGCGCGUCAUCGAAACGACGAGCGUUACUCAGCUCGACGUACUGGAGGAAUACGGCCUCCUCUUGGUCUUGUCCAACAAGGCCCUCUACUCAUAUCCCCUAGGGGCUCUGGACCCGAACGAGCCUGCUCUCCAGAAGCGGCCAAAGAAGAUUCAAAGCCACUGCAAUUUCUUCAAGACUGGUAUCUGUCUCGGCAGGCAUCUUGUCUGUUGCGUCAAGUCGUCAGCUUUGUCGACUACGAUCAAGGUCUACGAGCCUAAUGACGCAAUGUCAAAGGGCAAGAAGCAAAAGGGCUUCGGUAAGAUGUUUGCAGGCCAAGAUGAGCUCAAGCCGUUUAAGGAGUUCUAUAUUCCUACUGAAUCAUCAUCCGUGCACUUCCUCAAGUCGAAGUUGUGUGUGGCGUGCGCACGUGGUUUCGAGGUCGUGUCGCUUGAAACCCUCGAGACGCAGUCGCUCCUUGACCAGGCCGAUACCAGUCUCGACUUUGUCGCCCGCAAGGAGAACGUCAAGCCUAUUCACAUCGAGCGUCUCAAUGGCGAGUUCCUGCUCAACUACUCGGAAUUCUCGUUCUUUGUCAACCGCAAUGGAUGGCGCGCAAGACCGGAGUGGCGUAUUGACUGGGAGGGUACACCGCAGAGCUUCGCUCUCAGCUACCCGUGGAUCUUGGCAUUUGAGCCGAACUUCAUCGAGCUUAGAAAUAUUGAGAAUGGCGCUGUGCACAUUGUGCCUCACAAGAACAUUCGGAUGCUGCAUAGCAGUACCCAUGAGAUCAUUUUCGCAUACGAAGACGAAAAGGGAGAGGACGUUGUCGAAGCCAUUGACUUUUGGAAGAGCAAUAGGAGGUCUGAAAUUCCAUGA